AUGGAUUUCCCGCACGCGCAGAUGCAAGCGACGUUAGCCGCGACCAAUUUCUCGCCAAAAUCAGUACCGUCGCUAUAUCCUCAGCUUGCCAAGUCACAGAAGAAUGCGCAUCGCAAAGACAGCUUCGUUCCAAAGCCGCCCAAAGUUCAAGAGAACAAGAGCGAUAAUUGUGACGACCAAGAACAGCGCCAGGCCUUUCGCAAGAGUAGCAUCAAGAACUUUGGCAGUCUUUUCUCGCGCAACCGCAGCAGUGUCGUUAGUAGCAGCCCAUUGACGCAGGUCAUGAGCUCCGAGUCCGAGAGCAGAGACACAAGCGCUGAGACCGAGCGCACCAGCCAGCAAACCACACUCAUCAGCUCGGACAUCCCUUCGCCUGGCGAUCUCAUGAGCGUUGUCGACAGAGAAAAGAUCCGAGAGCGUCACCGAAAAUUUGUCAAGCUCCAAGACCUCGGAUACGACCAUCACACUGUCUUCACCGCCGACCCAGGCGACUACUCUCAAUACGACUACGACGAUAGCGUGGAUAACCGGCGCUUCAGAGACGAGUGCGGAGAGUGCGAAGGCACACACGUCGCCCACGACCUCGCGAGUCCUACACCCAGCAGCCGACACCGCCACAACGAGUCCCUACACGUUAACCUCAGCCCGGAAGAAGUAAAGAAGUACGCCGACGAAGUCCGCAACAUGACUAUUGCAGACGUCCACCUGUCUCUCUUCGGAUACUGGAUCAAAGAGAGCGACGAGCACUUUCAAGAAGCUAAGAAGUAUCUGAGGGAGUUGAGGCUUGAUCGCGGCUACAACCUCUCCCGCCUCAACAACUUCUGCCUCGAAGAACUCUGCCGCGACGUUCACGAUAUCCGCCCCUCGUACGCUAAGCCCACUUCAAAAAUCCUCCUCCAUAGAUGCGCACGCAUUGGGAACUUGCGUUAUCCGGGCACUGCUUGGUGUCACGCAAUGUUCUGA